CACGCUGCUCUGCACGCGCGCGCAGCUUGUGCAGCUUAACUCUCACCAUUGGUUGGGGGAGUCGGGACACAUCCCAUCUGAAUUGGCAUUUCUGAGCUGGAUGGUGAGGUUGAGUACUUCUUUGAUUUUGCUCCUCCUUCUUUUGUGAAUUUUCUCCUCAUGUCCUCGGCUCCUUUGUCCAUCGGAGCCAUCCUUUUUCUUGAUUCCUAAGAGAUUUUUACAUAUUACAGCUAGGAGCCCUGUGUUCACCACAAGUAUCUUCCCCGUCUGGCCCUUGUCUCUUGGAGGAGGACUUCUUUCUUUUCGACUUGUGGCCGGUUACAGCUUCUGUGCACCGCAGGCCCCUGGGAGGUUAGGUUGGUGGCCGAGCUCACUCACCCGGCCUGCUCUGGCCCUCGCCCCCAUUGCUUCCUCUUCUCUGUGGGGCCCUGACCAUGGCCGCAGGGCGUCCUCAGUCCCUGCCACACGACUCCUGUGCGGCUGCCAGCUCACGUGUCCCCGGGGCCUUCUUCAGUCCAGCCCUGUGUGGAUGCGUGUGCUGGGCCUUCCACCUGGCAUUCCUUCCCCCAUGUUCUUUAAUUUCUACCAGGUUUUAUGAGGCAGGAUUUAUGUACCAUAAAAUUCACUUGUAUAAAGGUGCAGCCCGUUGAUUUUUAGUAAAGGUACCUAAUCCAGUUUGAGAGUAUUUUCAUCAUCGAGAGAGCUCCUCAGAGCCCUGUGGUCACCCUGCAGCCCCGCCCUUAUUCUCGCAGGCAGCCCUUCUCCUCCCACUUGCAGGUCGACUGUGACGGACUCUGUGUGUGUCCCUCGCAGCACGUUCCAGCGGCGCCGGGUCCAGGCCAGCAGGGGUGACACCCCCGCCCGCACUUGCCGGGUGCCCCUCCCUCUCUGUGGUCCGGGGCCCGGCUGGCCACAGACCUUCAGCAAAUAUUUAUCAAUGAACCAAAAGCAGCUUUAGCAAGAGGCAGCGAGGAGGCCGAGCACAGUGACUCCUGAAGGCACUUUGGGCCACUUCCCGCAUUUUCGAUGGCGAAGCGGCUCCCCACGGUCCCUUCCACACUGACCAGACAGGGAUGGGCUCGCGUUUCAGCUCUGGGCUUGGCGUUAGGGCCCGGGCUGUGAGGAAAGGGGGCGUGAAGGGAACUGGUGCCCCUGUUGGCAGGGGCUGUGGGGUGAAGGCACUCCGCUGUGGGCAGGAGAGCCAAGGGGUGGAGUGCUGGGCUCCUGGGCUCCCCAGUAGCCUGUGGGGGGCCAGGGUCAAGUGGGAGCUGGGAAGCAGGUGGGCAGCAGGGAGCUGAUGUGUGGGAUGGAGGAUCUGAGACUUGGGUCACUUGGGUGAUGAAAGGCGAUGACAGGGACAUCCCCCAUAUCCAGCGAGACUGUCGUGCGCCGGCAUUUGGCCUCUGGGGCGGUGGUAGGAGGACCCAGCCCUGGAUAGGACCAGGGCGGGUGCAGGGACGGGUCCAGGGUGGAAGGGACGAAGCCCAUGUGCUCCUGGCAGCCCUGCUGGAGGCCAGAGAGAAGUGACGUCAUGGCCAGCCGGGCGCCGGCCCGGGGACCUCCUUCGCCGCCCAGCAGCCUCCCGCCGCAGCUGCCUUUCUCCCGUCUUCCUGCCCUCUUGCUGGCUCAGCAGAAUUUGUUGAGAGAAGUUCUGGGAAUAACCAAGUAUCCACCGGAAGACUGUUCUGUGGGACUGGUGGGGGGGCGUUGGGGUCAGGCUGCCCUCCCUUCCAGCAGGCGUGUCCUCCUGCUCUGCUCUCUGCGUCCUCAGGAACAAGUGUGUCAUGCAUGUAAAUAUAUGAACUGCAUGUACAUGUACAGUUCUGCGGGAGCCAAGUUUCCCAACACGCCAGCGCCUCCUGCCGCCUCCCCCUCCCACACUCCAUCUCCGUGGGCUCACAGCCCCAGGGCUGUCAGAGCCAGCACCUUAGAGAUGGUGAGUAAGGAAGCCAGCCCAGAGAGGGACAGGGGCUUGCCCAAGGGCACACAGUACUUUGGCUGAGCCAGGCUGCAGUGUGGCUCUCCUGACCUGGGACCCAGGGUUUUCUCUGGGCGCUUUGCCCCUAGGUGGCCCAGCUCUGGAGCCAGUGCCUCUGGGGGCUGAGGCAGCCUGCGGGAAGAGUGAGUGUCUUCCCUCUCUCUGGAGGGGCCAGUGGAAAUCAACCUGUUUCCUCAUCUCCAAGAUGAGGGCAUGGUCCCCUGCUGGGCAGGGUGGUGAAGCCUGCAUGAGUAAGUGUGUGUCAGACGCUGGGCAUGUGACACCUGCUGAUGUCCCUGUCCAUGCCUGGGCCCUGGCUCACUUCCUGUAGGCCCUGAGUCUGAGGUCCAUUCUCAGCCCUGUUGACCUUGCCCUGCCUUCUUUCUGGACCCUUUCUGGGCCUCCCUGGCCCUCACACCCUCCUUUCUGUGUCAUGCCUGGACAGUGUGAAUUCUAGCAAUGAUGGCUGCUGCUCAUGGCCAGUGGCCCAGCUGCCGUGGACCCUGCCCGGGGCCGCUGCUGGAAGAGCAUUUGCAUGGGUCUAUUUGUCUUUGGUUCCAGGAGGCUGGGCUCCAGGCUGCCCCACGGACAGAGGGCCUUCGAGGCAUGCCUGUCCUAGUCCAGCUACUCCUGUCCUCUGAGCUGGAGGUCUGAGCGGGCAGGUCCGCCCGAGGUCAGCUGGGAUCCCCCCGGGGCCCAGAGAAGAUGGAGCCCAAGGCCGUGGAGCCUAGUGUCUCUCCUCAUCCCUGUCUCUCUUCCCUGAGCCCCUGGAAGAGGCCCCCUCCUGUUGAGCCAGCACCCGUUGCCUUCUCCAUGACCCCCGCCCGGCAUCCCUGUCCCCUGCUUCUGCUGUCCUCCGGCGUCUGUCUCUCUUCCUGACACCGCAGCCGGCCCCCCUCCCCCCACGCCUGCACUCACCACAUCCACCCCUCAGCUCCUCACCUAGCCGCUACGCUGCCCCUGGCCAUCUGAGACGGCUCCUGCUGAGGCCCUGUGACCUUGCUAAGCCCAGCGGGUGCCUGUCCCGUCUUCCUGUCUGUGACCCUCCUUGACCCCCGCAGGUGGACACCCCCAAGCCCAUGGCUCCAGUUACCCCAGAUCCUCACUGUGCCUGGUGACCUCAGCUUCCUGUCUGUGUGGCUACUGGUGCCCUGAGCAUCUUCCCCCAGGAGGUCCCCAGGCCUCCCACCUCCCCAGGGACCCGGGAGCUGGGGAAUUGAGAAGUUAAAUGUUGGCUGUUUGCCUUGGGCAAGGGUUGAGUCCUCCGCAGGAGGGCGAUGGGCUGCUGGGCCGGCUUGCUCUUAGGGGGGUCCGUCCCUGGGGUCACCACUGAAGGCCCGGGGUGUUCAGUGAGCUCUCCCAGCCCAUGCCACCUCUGGAACCCACGGGACUCCCAGCUCCCUGGCACUGUCCCUGAGCCCUUAUGGGGUCUUGCCCGCACACACCUUCAGCCAAGGCCUCCCUGGUGGCCGUGCUCGGCCGGCGCUGCUUGUUGGGGCCCCGCCUGCCUGCACUGUGGUCCAGAAGGGGCCUCUGCGAGUGGAGGUGACCCGGGGCUCACGUGCUUGGACCCUCUGAGGGCUCGCCACAUGCUACCUGGAGUCCAGCUUGUAUGUCAGCUCCCUUUGUCGUUGCUUCCAGCAGGAUGGCCUCGCCCAGUGACCUUCAUGCCUGGGAACACGGGGCCUGUUCUUGUAGGUCACAGCAAGCCCGGGGCCAGAUCAGCCUCCAAGACCUGCACCCACAGCCCUAGAGCCAAGUACCCAGCCAUCAAGGCCCUGAUGCGGCCGGACCCUCACCUCAAGUGGACAGUGCUGGGGAUGGUGCUGGUGCAGCUGCUGGCCUGCUGGCUGGUGCGGGGGCUGGCGUGGCGCUGGCUGCUCUUCUGGGCCUACGCCUUCGGGGGCUGUGUGAACCACUCGCUGACGCUGGCCAUCCACGACAUCUCGCACAACGCCGCCUUUGGCACGGCGCGCGCCUCCCACAACCGCUGGUUCGCCAUCUUUGCCAACCUGCCCAUGGGUGUGCCCUACGCGGCCUCCUUCAAGAAGUACCACGUGGACCACCACCGCUACCUGGGCGGCGACGGGCUGGACGUGGACGUGCCCACGCGCCUCGAGGGCUGGCUCUUCUGCACGCCGGCCCGCAAGCUGCUCUGGCUGGCGCUGCAGCCCUUCUUCUACUCGCUGCGGCCGCUCUGCGUGAACCCCAAGGCCGUGACCCGCAUGGAGGUGCUCAACGCCCUGGUGCAGCUGGCGGCUGAUGCCACCAUCUUCGCCCUCGGGGGAGUCAAGCCCAUGGUCUACCUGCUGGCCAGCUCGCUGCUGGGCCUGGGCCUGCACCCCAUCUCGGGCCACUUUGUGGCUGAGCACUACAUGUUCCUCAAGGGCCACGAGACCUACUCCUACUACGGGCCCCUCAACUGGAUCACCUUCAACGUGGGCUACCACAUGGAGCAUCAUGACUUCCCCAGCAUCCCGGGCUGCAACCUGCCCCUGGUGCGGAAGAUCGCGCCCGAGUACUACGACCACCUGCCGCAGCAUCACUCGUGGGUGAAGGUGCUCUGGGAUUUUGUGUUCGAGGACUCCCUAGGGCCAUACGCCAGGGUGAAGCGGGUGUGCAAGCUGGCAGAGGACCGCCUGUGAGCCCGGCCUGCUGGCGCCCGGACUGGACGGACCUGCCACGCCUCGGCCCUCCUGCCGGUGCCUCAGUGCUGAGGUGGGAGCCGGGCCUGCGGCUCGCCCCACCCUGCCCACCUGCUGCAGAGCUGGCUGUCACUGUCCCUUCCUUGGCUAGUGCCCAGAACUGGUUUGGCUGCCUUUGGUUCCCGCACCCUGGGCUGCUGCUCGGGGCCAUGCCUGGAGGAGCUGGGUCUGCACUGGACGCUGCACUGCGCUGCCGACCUGGGGUUGCGCCCUCUGUUUCCGGGCCUCCCGGGGCGAGGCGGGGCCCUGCCCCAGGGGCAUCCGUGGAGCGGGGCUUCCCAUGCCCUCGAAUAAAUCAGCAUUGGUGUGUUUCCACACGCA